GUCAUUCAUUUAUGUGCGUUAAUGUUAUUCAUGCGUUGAAAACUUUCUUCAGUUAUUCUAAUUUAAUUUCUUCUAAAAUGUUCCUAUUAUAGAAAUGAAUAUUUAGAAAUUUAUGUAAAUUUCAAUUUUAUUUGAUAACUAAAUUUUUUAUUGCGAUUUUUAGGGAGUUUCUUGAAGUACCCACUAUGGUAAAAUUGCUUUUUAAAUCAUCUCUCUCCAAAACGGAUCCACGAAAAACUCCAGUCCUGAUUAUUGGACAAUUGAAACAUAUUAAAACAAUUAAAUAUGAUGAUAUUAAGUGCAAAUUGGAACCAAGAGUAGCAGAAGAUGUAUAUAAAACUGCAAUAUCUGGUUUACAUUCAUCUUUAUCAGAUAGCGUACCUUUAUAUCUGAAUUAUGCAACCAUAGCAACUCUGCCUCUUAAAUGUAGCCGUCACAAUACCACCUCAAGAUCUCAUGCCAUUACUCGUUUGGUUCAAAAUCUAUCUGUUGGUACUGACUCAGGAUUAGAUGAGUGCGUAGUUGUUAUCUGUGAAGGACGUGAUUUCUAUGCGAGUGCCUGUGCUGUAGCUAGAGCAUAUCCAUCUUAUGCUAAAAAAUCCAAUUCAGCAAAGAAUAUAACAGUUUCUGUAGAAUUUAUGAUCAUCAAUGAGACUGGCGACUUCUUAGAUGAUUCAACUGAACAAUUAUGUGUGGAUUCUACAUAUGGAUUGAAAUUAUGUCAAAGAAUAGUGGACACUCCCUGUAAUUUCAUGAAUGUAGAUCACUUCAUAACUGAGGCUCAAGCUGUAGCAUAUACAUUAAAUGUUGGAAUUGAAAUAAUUCGAGGAGAAGAACUAGCCCAGAAAGGAUUUGGUGGAAUAUAUGGAGUGGGUAAAGGAGCAUCAUGCCCUCCAGCAUUGAUGGUUCUUAAGCACACACCUGCUGGUGCUUCUAAAACAAUUGCCUGGGUUGGGAAAGGUAUUGUUUACGAUACUGGUGGUCUUAGCUUAAAAGGAAGAUUUGAUAUGCUUGGAAUGAAACGAGAUUGUGGUGGAGCAGCUGCCAUUUUGGGUGCCUUCUAUGUAGCUGUUAAGGGAGAAUUUUCUGAAAAUUUGUAUGCUGUAUUUUGUCUUGCAGAAAAUGCUAUUGGGCCUGAAGCAGUCAAACCCGAUGAUAUUAUUACUUUAUAUUCUGGAAAAACCGUAGAAAUCAAUAAUACAGACGCUGAAGGAAGACUGGUACUUGCCGAUGGUGUUGCAUUCGCCCAUAAAAAUUUGAAAGCUGAUAUCAUUGUAGAUUUAGCAACUUUAACAGGAGCACAGGGUAUUGCUACUGGUAAAUACCAUGCCUCUAUCAUGUCGAAUGACGAAGACUGGGAGAAUCAUGUCCGACAAGCUGGACGGGCUUGUGGAGACUUGGUACAUCCAGUUCCAUUUUGUCCUGAAUUGCACUUUGCCGAGUUCAAUUCUACAAUGGCCGAUAUGAAAAAUUCAGUAAAAGACAGAUGUAAUGCUCAAGUCAGUUGUGCUGGUCUCUUCAUAUUUUCCCACAUAGGUUUCGAUUAUCCUGGAAAAUGGAUUCAUAUCGACCUUGCAUAUACGGUAGCAUAUAUGGAGAAAGCUACAGGCUUUGGUGUUACACUUCUACCUACUUUGUUUGGAAAAUAUUGCAAACAUAGUAUUUUGAAAAAUAUUAGUCCUGAUAUUGAGGAUGACUCACCAUCAAAUGGUGCCAAACGACAUAAACUUGAUUGACAUUAAAAUAUGAAUUAGUGAAGAAUUGAAACUGUUUUAUAUGUUUAAAUUUUCAAUCUUUUAAUUUAUCGAUUGAGGUUAAACAUCUGGAAUUGAGGUCAAUACUUCGUCAACAAUGAUUACCAAAUUUUUAUUGAAUAAUUAAAAAUUUGACUUGCA